CGCUCAGUGUGCGGCGCUGUGAUUGGUGGGAGGCACACGGCGGGAUGGCGACCGCGGGGCUGGGGAGCGGCGACUUCUCGGACCUGCGGGAGAUCAAGAAGCAGCUGCUGAGCGUGGCGGAGCGGAGCCGCGAGCGGGGCCUGCAGCACAGCGGGAAGUGGGCCUCCGAGCUGGCGUUCGCCCUGGAGCCGCUGCCGCUGAGUGAGCUGCCGCCGCCGCCCGCGCUCACCGAGGAGGAUGCUCGUGAUCUGGAUGCCUAUACGUUAGCCAAGUCUUACUUUGAUCUGAAGGAGUAUGACAGGGCUGCCUAUUUUCUACGGGGCUGCAAGAGCCAGAAAGCCUACUUCUUGUAUAUGUAUUCGAGAUACCUGUCGGGGGAGAAGAAGAAGGAUGAUGAGACAGUGGAUAGUUUGGGACCUCUGGAAAAGGGACAGGUGAAAAAUGAAGCUCUCCGGGAAUUGAGAGUUGAGCUCAGCAAGAAGCACAAGGCACAGGAACUGGAUGGAUUUGGCCUUUAUCUGUAUGGUGUUGUGCUGCGGAAGUUGGACCUGGUGAAAGAAGCAAUAGAUGUGUUUGUUGAAGCUGCCCAUGUCUUACCUUUGCACUGGGGGGCCUGGCUGGAACUUUGCAACUUGAUUACAGAUAAAGAGAUGUUGAAGUUCCUGUCCUUGCCAGACACAUGGAUGAAAGAGUUCUUCCUUGCACACAUUUAUACAGAGCUGCAGCUGAUAGAGGAGGCUCUGCAGAAGUAUCAGAGUCUCAUUGAUGCAGGAUUUUCCAAAAGCACUUACAUCAUCUCUCAGAUUGCAGUUGCCUACCACAAUAUCCGAGAUAUUGACAAAGCUUUAUCCAUCUUUAAUGAGCUAAGGAAACAAGAUCCUUACAGGAUAGAAAACAUGGACACUUUCUCCAACUUGCUAUACGUAAGGAGCAUGAAGCCUGAGUUGAGCUACCUGGCUCACAAUCUCUGUGAGAUAGACAAGUAUCGUGUUGAGACCUGCUGUGUAAUUGGGAAUUAUUAUAGCUUGCGUUCCCAGCAUGAAAAAGCAGCCCUCUAUUUCCAGAGGGCCUUGAAACUGAAUCCUCGUUAUCUGGGAGCCUGGACACUUAUGGGACAUGAGUACAUGGAAAUGAAGAACACAUCUGCAGCUAUCCAGGCUUAUAGGCAUGCAAUAGAGGUGAACAAAAGAGAUUACAGAGCAUGGUAUGGUUUGGGGCAAACCUAUGAAAUCCUCAAAAUGCCAUUUUACUGUCUCUAUUACUAUCGACGGGCCCACCAACUCAGACCAAAUGAUUCUCGUAUGCUGGUUGCUCUAGGAGAAUGCUAUGAGAAACUCAAUCAGUUGGUGGAAUCUAAAAAGUGCUAUUGGAGAGCUUACGCUGUGGGAGAUGUGGAGAAAAUGGCACUGGUGAAACUAGCAAAGCUGCACGAACAGCUGAAUGAAUCUGAACAGGCAGCUCAGUGCUACAUCAAAUACAUCCAGGAUAUCUAUUCCUGUUCGGAGUUAGUGGAGCACGUGGAGGUCAGCACUGCCUUCCGUUACCUGGCCCAGUACUACUUCAAGUGUAAGCUCUGGGAUGAAGCCUCAGCAUGUGCUCAGCAAUGCUGUGCAUUCAAUGACACUAGAGAAGAAGGAAAGGCCCUUCUGCGGCAGAUCUUACAGCUUCGCAACCAAGGAGAAACAUUAUCGACAGAUAUUGCUGCUCCCGUGUUCCUCCCUGCGUCAUUGUCAGCCACCAACACUCCCACACGUCGUGUCUCCCCACUCGAUCUGUCUUCUGUAACACCAUGAACAAUGCUGGUGCUUCUAACCUGUGCAUUGAAUGUGAUGUUGCAGAUGGGGCUUGGGACCACUUCUUCAUUUCCAGUGGAACUUCUCCAUUCACAUGAAGGGUAGGAGUUAUUGGAAGCCCCAGCUGAAGAUGGAUGUGCCCCAACAGGCAGAGUGCAGCCUUUGAGAAAGUGCCUAUGCUGAGAUGUGAGAACCUGCUGCACUUCUCACCAGAUUGUUCCAGCCAGAGGGCAGACAUCUCCCCGUACACAGGACUGCUCCUAACUGGGGGAUUGUGAAGAUCUUGUCAGCUUGAGUUAAAACGUAUUUGAAGUGUGAUUCUGCCCCGUUACCUUUGGUCUUUACUGAACUUCCUUGAAUGACCUCUUAGUGGUAUCAUCGCUGUCUAGAUUGGAAACUGUUACCUGCCUGGCUACUUAAGGACUUCUGCUAGUCUUGAACUACACAGGAGCUGUUUCUCUAAAGCCGUAGAGAGAGGCACUUAGAUAUAGGUGCCAUGUCUCUGAAGGAUGGAAGGGUCAGAGGAAUUCCAAGUAGCCAGAGUGACAACUGUUUGCCAUUCUGGCUGUGGAUCUGACAAAUGUUUUGGCUUUCAGUAGAAAAGCAGCCAGUGGGAUAAAACAAUUAAAAAACUAAUGGUUAA